AUGGUUCGUGCAAAAAAGCAAGCAACACCCGAGGAAGAGAGGCUUGUUUCUAAGUUUUUAAAAGAAGAUGGUCAUGAAAAAAAAAUUCAUCGAUUAGACUGGAAACAAAUACCUAUUCCUGAUAGUGUUCAAGUUCAACCUUUACUUGCAAAACUUAGAGAAGUAAAGCAAGUGAUAGAUGAUUAUAUCGAAGAAGAGUAUGAAAAUUUUAAAAUCGAUUUUGCUGAAAACAAUAAAAUUGAGACUGUUCGCAAAGAAAACGUAUUUAGUGAAGAGGUAACUGAGUCUGAAAUGGAUAUUAUCCAAAAAAGAGUUGCUCUUCAACAGCGUCAAUUUCAAGAGUUUGAACGAAGAGAAAAAGCCCGUAAAUCUAAAAAGAUUAGAUCUGUCUAUGAUUAUUUAACAGAUGAAGAAAUCAGUGAAAUGUUGGAAGAUUGUAAGCAUGAUGAGGAGGAGGUCAUCGUACGUCUUACUCAACCUGGAUAUCUUAUCAGUAUUCGUAAAAUAAUUGCUACGAAAUAUGCUCCUGAAGUUGAAACAAACCGUAGUCUUAUGAGUGAUGAACAAAAAGCUGCUUACAAACAACUUUUAAAGAAGCGUUCAGAAACAUUAAAAAAGACAACCAAUGAUUCUGCCAAAAAACAAUAUCGUAUGGGAGGUCGUUUAGGCUUGGAUGAAGCUCUUAAACAAGUUCAAGAGAAUCAAGUAGAUCCUGAAAAGGCAUUUGAAGGCUGGUCUCAAGCUCGUAUUCGUGCUUAUCAAAUGAUUGAUCAAAAUCCAAAUAGUUAUUAUUAUCGUUUCAAUGCGCCUGGUGAAGUGCAACGAAAAGGUCAAUGGGCUCCUGAAGAACGCAAACUAUUCUUUAAACGUCUUGAAGAAGUUGGUGCGAAUGGUCAAUGGGGUAUUUUUGCCAUGAAGAUUCCCGGUCGUGUAGGUUAUCAAUGUUCUAAUUUCUAUCGUCUUUUGGUUGAAACAAAUGAGAUUCAAGAUCCAAAUUAUGUUUUAGAUGAAAAGGGUAAAGCACAUUAUUUAUUUGAUAAGAAAACAGCAGAUGGUACUACAGAAAAGACGUUUCGCACACAUAGUAAACAUGGUACUGGUCGUGGUUCUGGUAUACCCUCUUCAUCGUCAUCAUCAUCGACAACUAGAAGAACAAGGGCUACAACAAGUACUACAGAUAAAAAAUCAAAAAAGAAGAAGAGAAAGACUAGAAGCUGGGAUAGUGAUGAUGAUGACUCAGAAGAUGAUUUUGAAGACUAUAAUGAUGAUUCUGGUACUUUUACAUUAAGUACUCGUUCAACCCGAAGAACUCGUGCUCGUCUUGAACCAAAUGUAACCAAUCAUGAUACCACUAAUAAUAAUAAUAAUGAAGAAGAAGAAGAAGAUGAAAUAGAAGAAAGUGAAGAUGAACGAGAUCCAUAUAAUCCUUUACCAGGCUUUAUUGAUCCUAUUACAUUAGACGAAGUUGUUAAACCGGCUAUUUCUAUCUAUGGUCAUGUUAUGGGAUAUGAUAGUUGGGUACGUUGUCUUACUAAUUGGGAAGGUAAAAAGAAUAUUUGUCCUUUAACUAAGAAGCCUUUAACAAAACGAGACUUAGUUAUUUUAACACAUGAAAAUAUUGAAGAAUACAGAGAUAAAAUUAUUCAAUAA